AUUCCUCUGGUACAGCAUUCAGACUCGGGGUCCAUUCUCUAGCAAAGAGGCAGAGCGGCUGGAAACCUUGUUGUGUGCUGCUGCUGCUGCUGGUCGGGGGGAGAUCGCCCGGGCGCGGGGCAGCAAGGAUUCGGAGCCCGGCAUCAGGCCCCGCCACUCUCUCUCGGGUGGCAUGACACUUUUUGGCAGCAGAGAAGGGGGCUGGAGAUAUCUGGAUAUGGCCCGAGAACCUAAGCUGAGCCAUACCAGGCCUGGUCAGAAGAGGCAGCAUGGCAGAGGCCUGUAUCCCAGCAACUAUGACCUGGAUUAUGAGCUCUACAAAGAGGAUUUCCCAUACAGGGUCUAUGAGUACCAGAAGAUUCCUCCCCUUAUCAGUCAUAUACCAGUCAAGACCAGGCGAAGCCAUCUAGGCACUGGGGGCAAGACCAGCCUGAGUCCUAACACAAGUUUGAGAGGCAGCAACUCAAUGGCAGGCCGUACAAAGUUACGAGCGGAAGAGCUACACUCCAUCAAAGGAGAACUGAGUCAAAUCAAAGCCCAGGUGGACAGCUUGCUGGAGAGUCUGGAUCAGAUGGACCAACGGCGGGAGCAUCCCACAGGUUCCAAGGAGGGCAAGAAGAAAGCUCCAGCCAGUGGGGAGGCCCCAUACACAGCAGGGGACCUCUUGCGGAGAAAGGAGAGCACAGCGAAAGAUGGCCGCGCUACCCUGCAGGAGGUCGAUGACAGCGCAGAAGAGAGCACAGACACUGAGGAGGCGGCAAGAAAUCACACCUUGGAUCCUGAGGGCAGCCAGUAAAAGGACCCAGAGCACUGCAUCCCCCUUGCCUAGCAUUUCUUGUCCUGUGUUUGUAUUUCUCUCAAUGCCUCCAGUUGGUGCCAAGUCCCACCCUCAGUGACCUGCAAUCAGUCCUGGUGCAGAGGAGCAAGAAGUUCACCAGCGUCACAUGGGCACCUUUAUCUAGCCAGGCGGAGAGAGACUCCUAUGCCGUGUCGAGGGAGAAGGAGCUUGGUGUUCUUUGUUGUAAAAAUUAAAAUAUGCCAACCCAGAAGACGGGUUGGAAAAGCAGGCAAUGAGACUGCACAACUGAACCAGCUCUCACUACUAAGCAGAAAUAAAGCAGUAGCAAGCUUCUACAGAUAAAA